CCUCUCCGUAACUCAAGAAACACACACUGCUGCUCUCCUCUGCUCAGCUGUUUGGAACCACCACUUACAUGGGAGUCAAAGUUUUGGUCAGGUGUAAAGCAAUUCAGCCAUGUAAAACUCUUUGUUCUCCACAUCCGAACCGUCGGAGACAUUUACUGGUGAUGGUUGUCAUGGCUGUGGUUGGUGGGGUAAUGAUGUCUUCCAGAACAAAUAUUUACGCUCAACUGGCCUGGACUCAGAGGUGGAUCUUACGCAACCGAGACAUGCACUUGCCCUGGGCUACAGCUGGUAGCCAACGACAACCCCUAAGUCAUUAUUAUGUCAAGUAUCCAGGUAACUACCCCUUUGUCCUGGACGAACCUCAUCUGUGCCAGAGGCUAAAGCCCUUCCUGGUCAUCGUGGUGCCUGUGGCUCCCCACGAGCGGGCCGCCAGGGAGGCGAUCCGUCAGACAUGGGGAGGAGGGAACGUCUGGGUGGGACGCGUCGUGCUGACCCUCUUCCUGCUGGGCCUGCCAGGUGGAGAAGGAGGAGGAGGAGGAGGAGGAGGAGGAGGAGGAACUCAGCAGCUACAGUCCGCCUUGCGGCAAGAGCAUUCACAGCAUCACAACCUUCUCCAGGCCAGCUUUGUGGACAGCUACGGCAACCUGACCCUCAAGACCCUGCUGAUGAUGGAGUGGCUAUCUUCUCGCUGCCCGCAGGCCACGUUCGCCACCAAGGUCGACUCCGAUGUGUUCCUAAAUGUCCGAAACCUAGUGACCUUACUGGCGGACCCCAACAUACCCACACGUCAGUACAUCACAGGGAACAUGUAUCGCCAAGGUCCGGUCCAGAGGAACCCAAACUCCAAGUGGUUCCUCCCGGAGGAGGUGUACCCCGAGUCUGUGUUCCCAACUUACACACUGGGCUACUGCUAUGCCUUCUCCAUAGACCUGUCUGCCAAAGUAGUGAAGGCUGCUAGACUGUUCCCGCCCAUCUACAUUGAGGACCUCGCCCUGGGCUUGUACCUGAACCAUCUGGGCAUAGCCCCCAGUGACCCGCCCUCGCCCGACCUCUUCAGGGGGCAUCGACCUCUGCUGUACAACCGCUGUGACUAUUUCACGUCCAUCUCCACCAUCCUGCUUCACAGCGCUGAACUCAUAAGUGUCUGGGAGGACUUAAGACAGCACAGCUCAUCCUGCUGA